UAUUCUACAUAUUAAAGUGCUUUUGACAUAUGGCCACCAACAAUUCCAACACCAUAAGGCAAUGGGCUUCUGUUGUAGAUGCUUUCUCAUCUCAGUAUAACUCAACAGGCUGGUCAGCUAACCAGAUAACUGGAGCUCCAAAGGUUUAUCCAAACUAUGGAGACAAGCAAGGUGCCUGGGCAAGCAAAAGCUUUGGUGUUCAAUUUGUGGAGAUUGGAUUUCAAGAAAAAGUAAUACCAUCAUCAAUCAACAUUUAUGAGACAUACCAUGCAGGUGGAGUUAAAACAAUCAAGGCUAAAAACCCUCAGAAUGACUGGGUCAUCUUAUAUCAAACACAGAGGGUUGAGAAAAUUAAAAGCAGUCGAAUAUUUUCACCACCAUUGAAGAAUAACAGUUUUGAAACAAACAAAAUCAGGAUUGAAAUGGACUGUUCUGUAGCUCAGACUUGGGUGGAACUUGAUGCUGUGGAAUUGGUGGGGUCAAAGCAGGGAACAGCAUCCUUGAAGACAGCUAGCAGUAAUUUGAAAACCAUCCACCAAUGGGCGUCAGUUGUAGAUGCAUUUUCAUCUGAAUAUGACUCAUCAGGCUGGUCAGCUAAUCAGAUACUAGGAUGCCCAAAGGUUUAUCCAGAAUAUGGGGACCUGCAGGGUGCCUGGGCCAGUGGAGACUUUGGAAUUCAAUUUGUGGAGAUUGGAUUCCAAGAAAAAGUAAUACCAUCAUCAAUCAACAUUUACGAGACAUACCAUGCAGGUGGAGUCACUAAAAUCCAUGCCAGGAAUCCCCAAAAUAACUGGGUCAUCUUAUAUGAAGCACCCAACCUUGAGAUUAUACAAAUGAGUCGAAUAUUUUCUCCUGUGUUAAAGAAUAACAAUUUUGAAACCAAUAAGAUCAGGAUUGAAAUAGACUGUUCUGCAGCUCAGAGUUGGGUGGAACUUGAUGCCGUGGAAUUGGUGGGGUCAAGACAGGGAACAGAUGCAAGCAGCUUAAUACAGAACCAAAGAAGAGGACCCCAAGUCACAAGUCUGUGGGUGGCAGAAAUAACCAACUUCUCCACUCAAUACAACACCUCAGGAUGGUCAGCGAAUAUGGUUGUUGGUGAACCAAGAGUGUAUCCUACAUAUGGAGAUGUCCCAGGAGCAUGGGCUACUCAAACUAAAGAUGCUCACCAGUUUAUUGAGGUGAAGUUUGAGGAGAAGUUGUACCUGAAUGAAAUCAACAUAUACGAGACUUAUCAUGCAGGUGGAGUCAAGAGAGUUUCAGCCAAGGAUUUGGCAGGAAAUUGGGUCAUGCUUUACGAGACAAAUCACUGCCAAAAUUUGGAAUCCAGUCGAAUUUUCUCUCCAUGGUUCAGUCCUCCCAAAUUUCCAGUGGAUGAGCUUAGAGUUGAAAUUGAUUGUACAGCAAGCCAUUCAUGGGUGGAACUUGAUGCCAUUAAUAUUAAGGGAACCACAAUGCCAGAGUUAUCAUCUCUGGCAUCCUGUUUCUCUAAGCUGGUGAAUAACAAGAUGUUUAGUGAUGUUGAAAUCAUUGUGGAUGGUCUAUCAUUCUAUGGACAUAAGGCCAUAAUGGCACAAAGAUCAUCUUUUUUUAAGUCCAUUUUUCUUGAUGGCCAUAUACCUUCAACAGCUAAACAGGAGAAGGGAAUGUACCCCCCAUUACCAGAACCUGUAAUGCCAACAGCCCCACCCCUAGAUGACGAUGCCCCUCCCUCAUAUGAUAGUUUGUUUGGUCUCCCACCCCCUAACGAUUUUAGUUCAGCUCUACCCACUUCCGAGCAGCUGUAUGGGGUAAAGAACUCUGUUGGUUUUAGAAAUCUACCCCCAGUACAACCCCGGGAAACAAAGCUUCCAGCACACUUUUCUGGAGACUCACUAGUACUAAACAAUGUCACACCAGAUGUAUUUGGGGUCAUCCUUCAUUUCCUGUAUACUGAGGAACUCCCAGAUAUUAUCUACGUUGCCAAACUUCCUGUAGAAAUUAACGUCAUGUGUAUCAUCAGAACUGCUCAAGCGGCUGAAAAAUUUGAUUUGCCAGGACUGAAGGCUCUGUGUGAAAGAAGGAUCUUAACUGUGAAUUCUCUGCCCUUGCACGAUGUAUUGGAGGCAUUUCUGGAGUCAUAUAAGCAACCAGGUCUUGAAUCCAUUAACAAAAUGGCUUGGCAUUUCAUGCUGAGUAACAGUGACAGAAUAAAAGAUCAACCCAGAUUUAAGGCUCUUCCUAAAGAGAUUCAGACAAGACUGACUACUAGCAGACCUAGCUACUCUGACCAGAGCAGUGGGCAGACGUCAUCCUCAAAAAAAAGUUUUCCCUCCUCAGAUGUCUGUAGUUUGCAGUAAAUGAAGAGUAAUUGAGCCAAAAAAAAGGAUUCUCUGUGGUUUUUGAAUGAGAUUAUUUAAGUACCUGAUAUAUAUAUAAUAUAUAUAUAAUAUAUUAGGGCUGCACAAUAAUUAUAUCGAUAUUCUGGUAUAUUGCGAUUCGUUAACAAAAAAUAUCAUAUUGCGAUACGUUUUUCCAGUACCAAUAUACCGGCAAAAUGAUUGGGCUUUAGAUUUAUGAAGUAAAACAUGAUACUUGUCGUGAGAUGUCAGAAACGUAAAUAUGUAUUUAUAAAGUCAU